AACAGUGACGCACACAGGAAGUGUGGCGUUGUUUUUGUGUUCCGGACAAACGUUUAACAGGAGUUUCCGUCGUUAUGGCGUCUCAACAAUAGCGUUUAAAUAGACUUGACUGGUAAUAAAAUACAUUUCGGGGCCAAACAUGCCGAAGGUGGUGUCUAGAAGUGUCGUGUGCUCGGACACCAGGGACAGAGAGGAGUACGACGACGGAGAAAAGCCUCUCCAUGUGUACUACUGCCUGUGCGGUCAGAUGGUUUUGGUAUUGGACUGCCAGCUGGAGAAGCUUCCCAUGAGGCCCCGGGACCGAGCCAGGGUGAUCGAUGCGGCCAAACAUGCCCACAAGUUCUGUAACGUGGAGCAGGACGAAAACGCGUACAUCAAAAGGGCCGAGGGCAUCGAAAGGCAGUACCGGAAAAAGUGCGGCAAGUGCGGCCUGCUGCUCUUCUACCAGCACCAGGCGAAGAACAACCCGGCCACCUUCAUCGUGGACGGAGCUGUGGUCAAGUUCGGGCAGGGCUUCGGCAACACCAGCGUGUACAGCCAGAAGCAGCCAGAGGCUCCCAAGAAAGUCCGCGUGAUGAUGACCAAGCGGACCAAAGACAUGGGCAAGUUCAGCUCUGUCACAGUGUCCACCAUCGACGAGGAGGAGGAGGAGAUCGAGGCCAGGGAGGUGGCGGACUCGUACGCCCAAAACGCCAAAGUGAUUGAGAAGCAGCUGGAGAGGAAGGGCAUGAGCAAGAGGAGGCUGCAGGAGCUGGCAGAGCUGGAGGCCAAGAAGGCGAAGAUGAAGGGCACCCUCAUUGAUAAUCAGUUCAAGUAGAGGAGACUCAGAGGGGCGACACUGGGAUAUCCACUGGAGAUCUUCCUCCACAGUGGAACCAUGUGUUAUCUGUCCAGCACUGUAGUAGAGGAGUUUGUCAGCCAGUACUGGACAGCACUAUAGAACAAAGAGUGGACAAUAUUUGGACAUAUCAGUACAAGACUGAUGACACACAAUGAUUUGUGCAGAUAUUUCAUAAUAAGGUGUUAUGGUUGUGUACCUUUAACUUUGUUAAAACUUUUUUGUAUAUACAUUUAAAGACAAAAUAAACCUGUUUGAUAUUUUUUAAAA